UUAUAUCUAAGUAUAUGACUAAUAUAAUUAAGGUGGUCUAACAAACCUUAUACCUGUCUAGCUACCUAUAUUUAUAUAUACACACAACAGAGGAAUGAAUCAUCAUCUUCCAUUUCUUCUAAUUCUUCCUCUCUAUCUCUUGAGUAUUUUUUUUGGAGAAUAAUGGACUGCGUCAUCUGUUGCACAACACCAAUAUUACCUAUUCUAAAGCCUCCAAGAAACACCAUUUGUGCCGCCUGCUAUGAAGGAGCACGAACCGUAAUUGCAUUGAUGGACAACCUUGCAAUCGACAGUUCCGAUGAAAAAGGAGUUGCCGUUAGAGUCCGCAGUAAUAACAAUUCUCUGCAGCUUUCCACAUCAACUUCUAUCAAGGCAAGCCCUUCAUUUUCUUGUCAACCUCAUCAGCCCCUUGCGAAUCUCCCCAAAUGGAUGAUAAACAUGAAGGAAAUAGAAGAAGAGCUGAAUGAGAAGAUAAGCUUUCUCAGUGGCUUCAUCUCCUUAUUCAGACAACAAAUUCUCACCGACAUUAAACUAAAGCCUGGCAAUGAUGAGCCUCCUAUACCAGCUCACAGAGCUCUACUGGCAUCAAGAUCAGAAAUCUUCAAGAACAUGUUAGACUCGGACGACGCGUGCAAGACACCCGCCAGCGACACCAUAUCAUUCCAAGAAUUGAGCCAUGAAGAGCUGGAAUGUCUCCUCGAAUUCCUCUAUUGUGGGAGCUUGACGACAGAGAAGAUCGAAAGACAUGUCUAUUCCCUAGCAAUUGCAGCCGAUAAGUACGAAAUCCCUUACUUGCUCAAGUUCUGCGAGCGACGCAUGCUUACAUCUUUGGACUCGUCUAAUGCUCUUGAUGUUUUAGAGGUCUCGGAUGUUUGUUCAAACACAACAUUGAAGGAGUCUGCGUUGAGUUUCAUAGUGAAGAACAUGGAGGAUGUAGUGUUCUCUCAUAAGUACGACGCCUUUGCAUCCAAGAACCCACAUUUGGGGUUGGAGAUUACUAGGGCUUAUUUCAUUGAUUCCAAAAGUAGAAGGAAUUGAUUGAUUAACGCACAACAUUAAUUGGUUUAUACGACUAGAUUGUAUGCAAUGUGUCAUUAUGGUUUAUGUUGUUAAUUUUCUUAAAGAAGAAAUUCCAUUAAUCAAAAAGGAUUGCAAUCAAAGAUGAA